AUGGUAGGUACCAACAAUAUUAAUAUAGUUCUCAUGGUUCUUGAGUAAUGUAGACUGAAAAUUCAAAGUUUUCAACUAAAUAAAAAUUGAUAAGAAAAUAAAAAUGAAGAAUGCAAAGAAGAUGAAGAUACUUUGCCUUCAUGGAUUUAGAACCAGUGGAAGUUUUCUUCACAAGCAAAUUACCAAAUGGGAUCCUUCUAUUUUUGCUCAAUUUGAUUUGGAUUUUCCGGAUGGAAUUUUUGCUGCCGGAGGAAAGUCAGAUAUUGAAGGGAUAUUUCCACCUCCAUACUUUGAGUGGUUCCAAUUUAAUGAAGGUGCAACACUCUCAGCUUUGUUGCUAGGCUACCAAGCUCAAGGCAAAGUAUUGAAGGAGCAUCCACCAAUGAAAUUGUUUAUAUCAAUAUCAGGAUCAAAAUUUAGGGAUCCAAAAAUAUGUGAUAUUGCCUACAAGGAUAUAAUUAAGGUCAAGUCAGUCCAUUUUAUAGGAGCUAAAGAUUGGUUAAAACUGCCCUCUGAAGAGCUGAGUACUGCAUUUGAUAGCCCUCUAAUUAUAAGGCACCCUCAAGGUCAUACUGUCCCAAGACUUGAUGAGGCAGCUAUUGAACAACUACAUGGUUGGGCUACAGAGAUCAGCCAAUGCAACAAUGAAGAAACUAAAUUGAAUGAAGAGGGAAGACCAAGUUCAGCCUAGUAGAAUUAAUGAUAAGGUUUAUAAAAAUUCUACUUCUUUGACAUUAAUAGUAUGUAAUAUCCAAAUAAAAAUACUAAUAAAUUAUUUUUUAUGCUUUUUA